AUGGACGUCACCUCUCUCUGCCUUAUACUUUCGGCCACACUGAGCAUCCAUCCUGACAGAUCUCAGUUCUUUCGGUAUGAACACAUCUCUCUGAGCUGUAUGGUGCCUGGGAACUCCAGUGGCUGGACAGUGAAGGGAAACACUUACUCUGGGAAAGGUGUGCCAUGCAAGGCUGGCUUGGAAGUCCAACGUGAGCCCUCCUGCACCAUUAAGGAUGCCUUUCCAUCAGAGAGUGGAGUGUACUGGUGUGAGUCUGACCAGGGGGAGUGCAGCAACACUGUCAACAUCACAGUAACUGCUGGUUUUGUGAUCCUGGAAAGUCCUGUGCUUCCUUUGACAGAGGGAGACAGCGUGACACUUCGCUGUUCCUACAAGACACGAUUAGCAAAGAAAUCCACCUCUGAUUUUUCCACUAAGUUCUACAAAGAUGGUGUUUUCAUCGGGAUUCAGCCUGCGGGACAGAUGACCCUCCAAACAGUGUCCAAGUCUGACGAAGGCCUUUACAAGUGUGAACAUCCCACAAAAGGAGAGUCUCCACAGAGUUUUCUGGCUGUGAGAGAGGUUCAGGAUUCAAGCGUCUCCACCACUCCUACUCUCAGGCUGGUGUGCACCAUCCUGCUCUUCAUCCUCUACAAUGUCAUCUUCAUUGUGUGUAUAUACAGGUACCAAAGGUGGGCUCGAGGCAUCGUGUAG